AUGCUAUCUGCUUGGAGCGAGGGAGGAGGAGAAGGAGAGAAGACGAAGGACAAAGAUGGGAGGAGAGAUUGCAAGAGAAUUGGGAAAAACUGUCUGGAGUUAAAUUUGUCCUACCAGGAUCUUGGUGACCCCUUCCAGCAAGAGAAUUUCCUCCGGAUCCUCCGCCGGUUGAUCCGUGUGGAGAAACUACAGCUGGUUGACAACUCCCUCACCAACCUGAGUUCUGUAUGUCUGCCAAGGUGCAGAAUGCUAAACCUGCACCGUAACCACCUGGUGUGUCUGCGUCAGCUGCCAAAGCUCCCAGCAGUGGAGCACCUUUGUCUGUCUGAGAAUGCCAUCGGCUCCCUGGGGGGACUGGGAGCUCUGGGGAACAGCCCGCUCCGCUCUCUCAACCUGACCCGCAACCCAGUGACCUUCACUCAGGACUAUCGUGCACGUGUUUUCCUCUGUUUGCCAAAGCUAGAGAUCCUGGAUGGAAUCCCCAAGCUGCCAGAAGACUCUCUGCCCAUCCAACUACAGUUCCCAGAAACCACCAGGAUGUGCAACAUUUUAUGACUUUCUCUUCAUGGAUAGAUGUGUAUGGAGUCAGUUCUUGAAGCUGUUGCCUUGUUAUGUUGAACAGGAGGUUUCAUAGAGCUGCUGAAUUUAUUUACAUACAUCAUGUCACAGCAGUUGCCGAAAAACACUGACAAUGCCGUCACGGGAAAUGUAAUGCUGAUUUGCUCCAAGGCCAUAUAAAAUACUUUUUAUAUGAAGUACAAAUUAUAUAUCAUUCACCUUGUUGUUAUCUUUUUAAGUAACUUUUUAAUAUAUCCAACUUUUUUAAAAUAAUAA